GACGAUUCCCAAAUCUAACCCAUCCCCUCUCUUAUUCCGGCGGCGGUGAAACCCUAACUCUUGAACUCGAUCCGUAGAGAGACCCUAGCCCUGGUGGAAUCCGGCGAGCGGACGCCAUGGUGUGCAUCCGUCGAGCGACGAUCGAGGACCUUCUGGCGAUGCAGGCGUGCAACCUGAUGUGCCUGCCUGAGAAUUACCAGAUGAAGUACUAUCUCUACCACAUCCUCUCGUGGCCGCAGCUCCUCUUCGUCGCCGAGGACUAUGGCGGUCGAAUCGUCGGAUACGUCCUCGCCAAGAUGGAGGAGGACUCCUCCGAGCCCUGCCAUGGCCAUAUCACCUCUCUCGCCGUCCUCCGCUCCCACCGCAAGCUUGGCAUCGCCACCAAGCUCAUGACCGCCGCCCAGAACGCUAUGGAGUCGGUCUUCGGUGCUGAGUACGUCUCCCUCCACGUACGCCGCAGCAACCGCGCUGCCUUCAACCUCUACACCUCCACCUUGGGCUUCAAGAUCCACGACGUCGAGGCCAAGUACUACGCCGACGGCGAGGACGCCUACGACAUGAGGAAGCAAUUCAAGGGUCGCCACCACCACCACCAUGGCGACGGAUGUUGCUCUGGGGACUCAAAGGCGGCCGGUUCUGGUUCUUCUUCUUCGUCGGGUGAGGGAAAGGUCUAAUCUUGAGGAGAUACUGGAAACAAAUCACCAACUUGGCAGGGCAGCUGCGUUUGGGCAAAGACGGCCAAGGAUGGUGCUUCAUUGAGUGAGAGGGAGAGAGCACUGUACCGAAAAAGUGAGAGGGAGAGAAUAUCAAAUGUUGACUUUUGAGGUGAUCUCAUGAAUAUUGCUGGGAAAGGAAUCAUCCUUAUUUUUUGUUGCUAUCGCUGUUAUGACUUCUUGUGAUUUGAAGUUGAUGAUUUGGUGCAAAAUCAACAAAUCAUUGGAUUGCUUUUGCAUAUUUUAUAUCUGUGUGGUCAAUCCCGUUGUACAUGUGAAGUUCUGCUUUGGUUUGUGUUUGCUUUUAGCAGCUGAAAUUGCGAUUCCUGUUGAUAUUCUAUAUAUGAUGUUGAUUGAGCCAAGAA